AUGAACACCCUACCCCCCGAAUUACACGCCUACAUCUGCGAAUUCGCCUGCACCGAUGAUGGAGAAACCAUUCGCGCCCUCCGCAGCGUCUCGAGAUAUUUCCAGGAGGUCGCGAAGCCCUAUCUUUAUAGGACCGUCUCUGCGUCCGACGAGAAGCAGGUUACUGGGUUGUUGGAGCGCCUCGAGAGCACCCCACCCCAUCUGCGCUACAUAAAAAACCUUUUCCUCGCCAGUCCCGACGUCCUGCAUCCAUCAAAUGCAGUCGACCCGCAAAAACUCAUGCGAAUCAUCACACUUGCUGCCCCGACUCUCCAAACGCUUUCUUUCGUCGUCCACACCCACCUCGCGAGCACAUCACUAAUCGCGCGGCUCUUUCGCACUUCUUUUCCCCACCUCCGCGCCCUGAUCGUGUCCGGAUUCUACCCUUUCCCAUCCUCAGUCGGCAAGUUCCCCCGCCUGCAAAGCCUCCACCUCCUCGGGAACAGGAACCCGCAUGGGCUCUUCCAAAUGUCAACGCUCGAAGAUGCGUGCCCCGCUUUGACCCAUCUUCGAAUAUCCGGCCUUGGCGCGGCGGGGCUAUUCGUGUACGAGCUUGAAGAAGCUUUGCGCUCAGAAGUUCCAGGGGAAGACGAUGAAUGUGUGAUUCCGUCGAGGGUGCCGCCCAGCGUCAAGCGGAUUACGGUGCAGGCGGGUCCGGAGCCUGCUGUCGAUGGCGGUAGUAGGGCGACGAACACGACGAUAUUGAAGGAUAUGGUUAUGGUCGCUCAGUUGGAGAUGUUGAAGACGAGGAAGGUGGAGGAAGGGAGUGGAGUGCGGCUGACAGUGCUGGAUAGGGCAUUGGCGCCUAUUUCUGUUGAAGCUCUACGGACAGACUGGUUAGAUACUCUUGCAUAG